CACUGCUGCAGUGAUCCCGCUCCACAGACAAGUGCUGGAAAUGCAGAUCAGGAGUCUGCAGCAGCAACAGCAGCAAGAGCAGAAGCAGCCCCUCCAUUAACACACACACACACACACACACCGCCAUGCAGCUGGAAAAGCACAGAGACACAGCCAGGAACACCAACACCGAAUGCUAACAAGCAGGAGAGAAGGGAAAAACGACAGAGGAUUCAAGACGGAGGAUUCUUAACAGAUUGAGAAGAGAAUAAUACACUAUCCCUGUUGCUGCAGAGAGAGAGAGAGAGAGAGGAUUGUGAACUGAUGGAGAAGCGAAGUACAAUGCUGAGGUCCCCUGUGCUGGAGCUCGCCUGCUUGCUGGUCCUGCUGCUCAUGGGGGAGGUCCUGUCCAUCUGCCCCCAGACCUGCUUGUGCAGCAGAAGCCACCGGGAGGUGGACUGCUCCGGGAGGAACCUGAGUGAACUCCCCGAUGGGCUCCAACACAACAUCCACACCUUGAACCUCUCCUACAACAGCCUGGUGGAGCUGCACUACCUGCUGACCCGCUUCGCCCACCUGCGCACCCUGGACAUCUCCUACAACCUGCUCACAGACUUCCCAGCCAGCCUGCCCAGAGCCCUCUGGGAGAUCUACGCCUCGGGCAACGGCAUAAGGCUCUUGGACAAGAACGACACGGCUUACCACUGGAACCUCAAAGCCCUGGACCUGUCCGGGAACCAGCUGGAGAGGGUGGUGUUCAUCAACAACACCCUGCCCAACCUGAGAUCGCUCAACCUGAGUGGCAACAAGUUCUGGACGGUGCCCACCAACAUGCCGUCCAACCUGCAAACCGUGGAUUUAUCCAACAACUACCUGGUGCAAAUCCUUCCGGCUACACUGGACAGGCUGCCAGACCUCGCCUAUUUCUACUUGCAUAACAACAGGUUCAGCUCUGUGAGCGAUCGGGCUUUCAGCAAACUGAGCGGCCUGAAGCUGAUCACUCUGAACGACAACCCCUGGGUGUGCGAGGAGGAGCAGAACAUCUCGUACCUGCUGAGCUGGGUGAAGCAGACUCCCGCCCGCGUCAUCGGCUGCCCGUGCUAUACCAGGCACGUGUGCGGCCGAGCACAGGGCGACAAGCCGCCGGCCCGGCUGACCACAAACGGAGGCUGGCACUUCGCUUCGUACACGCAGUCCAGCGUGACUGCCGGCAGCGGCAGGGUUUACGGGAGGCCAAUGCCAGCUGUGACAGAGAGUUACGCUUCCAAGUCUGCGGCGGUGCUGCUGAACCCACCGUCCAACAGGACCUCCUGGCACGGCUCGGCCGCCGAUCCUCCCGUAUUUAAAAUCCGCUUCCCCUUGACUUCCACCGCGCUCUCGACCGUUAAAACAUCAGAUCUACCAACGAGCACAACUCCCAGCUCCACCACAAGCACUGUCAGGAAAACGGCGAGCGUUAUCCGAAGCACAAGCACCAGCACGGGCUCCACAGCCAACGCCCUCAGGGCUGCUGCCGUUAACCUUUUACUUUCAACGCUGGCGAUGAUGACAGGCAUCUGAAAACAACUCCUUUUAAAAUAACACACAACAUAAGAGAAAACAUUUUGUUACGUUUCCAACGUUUUUAAAUACUGAUUGCAUUCUCGUGUUCUCUAGUGAAUGUGUACUCGCAAACCAGAUCAAAAUGCUUAAAAAAAAGUGCUUUCCUGCCUUCUGCAAUAUACAGUACUACUAUUGUAUGGCUAUAUUGUGCACACAUUUUAACAUGCGCACUAAAAUGCUAUUUUCUCUCGCUCUGUACUUUGCUUGUUCCUUAAUGGAUACUGCAUUUUAUGACUUCUUAAAUGUGAAACGAAUGAAGAAAUAUGUUUGCAAUGUUUUUGGCUUACAGGCGUCAUCAGGAUGUAUAUUGAGCAUUUUUUUUUUAAAACUUUAGCAUUUUAAACAAUUUCAAUUUAAUCAACUGUUUACUACUGGUUGGCAAUACAAGAAGUUGAAAAAUGGCUUUUUUUUUGGUUUGGAAGUUUCUAGCAAAGACAUUAAUAAAGAAAUGACAGCUCAAGUUUAAAGUAAUGUUAUUAAAAGGUUUUAAAUCUGUCUGCAUGCAGCACCCACAUAACCUUGCUCUCCUCUGAAAUGUUGACUCCCUGAAUUUAAAAAAAAAAAAGU